AUGGAUGUAACUUUCUUCAAGGCCUUGGCUUGCUCCCUACUUGGCAGUGAUCCGGAUCCCUCGGCCCAGGCGGCCACAGCUGACCUUGCUAGAAACAUCUGUGCAGCCCUCUGCAAGACAUUGCAAAAAAUCCCAAAAGUCUCGGGGAUUCCGAGCUCAGUUUACCGGUCGUUUGAGGCGCUGACGAGGUACCUAGUUCUACCCCUCCUCGUGGUCAUCUCCUCUCCCGGCCUGGACACUCUGAUUCCCUCUUCGGCAUGGGCGCUGACAUACCUACUGCAGGCAACGGAUAGCUUGCAAAACUUUUUUCCCUCACCAAGACCUAGUCUCUUCGUCUGGCCUCAGCGGCUUAUGCUUUUGGAGCACCUACUUGAGUGUUCGAAGAAUAGCACUUCUGCAGAAGAUAUCGAGGACUUACAUUUUGAUGCACUGUACCCCUUAUUCAAACUUCUUGCUCAAUCACCCAUAGACGUCGCUCUUCCCGAAGACACCUGCGCCCGACUGCGUUCCAUUAUGAAACAAUUUAUCGACUUUUUGGCCUCUUUUGCUGCAUACGUACCGACAAAGAUUGGAGCUCAGUUCUUUUAUCACUGUUUGCAAACCCUACAGGACUCUACCCUACUCCCUGUGUCUCAUCAAUUCCUUGGCGCCCUUCACCACAUUACGUCGCACGACCGCGGAUGUAUCGUCACUCUCGAUGUUCUUACUCACCUGGGACCUCUAGCGGGGGGUAUCUCAAACCUCGAGCUUUCAUCAAGUGCUCAAGCCCACAUCACCGCAUGCCUUGCCGAGAUAUUUACCAUUCUUUGCUCUUCCUUCCCCUCAUCAGUUUCACAGAAGGUCAUGUUGUCUGCCAAUGAACAGCACCAACGUUCCGGUCCAGCAUUCCUUUGGCUUUUGAUGAGCAGUCAUUGUCUUUUCUUCUGGAGCAGUGCCUUCUCACUGUCCGUGGGCCUGCGUCCAUGGCGGUUUGCCAAACGCUGGUCAGUCUCUUUUCCAGGCAACGGGAAACUCGUAUCUCUCACGGCCUUUUGGCUAGAACGCUUCAUUGGUUAG